AUGGAGUCCACCUUGAGUUCAAAGGUCACUGUCGAGUACCAUGACCCCUCUGGUAUCUUCCCUUUGAUCUCGCGUGACCUAUCAUCCAGGUUACCUUUGCGCAAUCUGAAUUGGAAGUCUCCCUCAAGACCAUUACGCUCAAUAGGCGCCCUCCAUGUCGAAUUUGUUCCCGAUGCUCAGACCGAAGCUUCAGAGAGCGACAAACUGCAGCGUGUCGACUCCUACGGCUCCAGAGCUGGCGCUUCCUCAGUCGCCAAAGAGAGACGACAUCAGAUUCCCGGCCUUCGCCAGACUCCCUACCUCAGAGUCUACCUUCUACGAUGCGAUGACAAGGAUACAUACAAGGCUUCGUCACGUCAGCUGCUCCGCGACUGGAUCAAUAAUGUCGAUCCAUCUUCCAAGAGCUCCUCCGCUGUUAAUCGAUCCGAGGACCACGACGCUGCUGAAUGGCUCAUCCUGCACGUGGUCAUUCCUGACACCAUUGCCGCUUCCGAACCCCGCUGGACCGCCGCAUCCAAGAAAGACCCCGAUGAGUUGGUCGAGAGGCCGUCGAGCACUACUAAAUGGCCCGGUAAGAGCUCAAGGACUGUACUGGACAAGAUACGCGCCGAUUUUACCGCUUCCUCCAAGUCAGGUCCAGAGCGUAUUGCUCAAAUCAGACUGCAAAAGAAGGAUGUACCUCCACAGCUGCUACCACAGACGCCUGUCACCCAACCUUACAUUGAAAGCCCACAAGAACAAGACAAUGCCUGGCAGGACCUCAUCGCGAAGUUCAAGACGUUAAUCCUGAUGUCUUUUGAUCUACGUGUACUACAGUAUGAGGAUGAUAUUCGUGAGAAAGACUCUCAGCGUUCUCUACCUGGUUGGAAUUUUUGCACCUUCUUCACUUUGAAAGAAGGCCUAGCUCGUGGUUUCGAGAGUGUUGGCCUAGUCGAAGAUGCUUUGGCAAUAUAUGACGAGCUUUCGGUAGGGCUUGACUCUGCUCUACGUGAUCAUGGACCUGGUGCUUCUCAAGGUACUUUUCUCGGUGACCUGAGCACUCAGAAAGGUUCUCUUUUGGAAAUGAUCAACGCGUCAACAGACACAUCCAAACUUGAGCAACUAACUUCGCAGUUCCGAGAGACAUAUAAGCUGCCACUGGAUCUGACUAACAAGGACUAUCGCGGUGAAAUUGUUUCGAGCACCAUAUCUCUUUUGGACUUCCGACUAUACAUCUUUGCGAGGCAAAGAACACUUUUGCUUCGUCUGAGUGCUGGAAGUGGCAACCUUCAACAGGCUAGACCUUCUAGUGCCAGGGACAACCCCAAAGAAGACAAUUUGACUUUUGCUGCUGAAGUUUGUAAGAGAGCGGCCCUUUUUGCUGCUACCAAUGCUCGUGCUCUUCGCAGCGGCCUUACCGAAGGGUCUGAAAUCAAUUCUCAUACUUCUUCACUUGCGGAGAACAUCGCUUCCUCUUGGACAUAUGCUGUGCUUGAACAGGUCCUCGACGAGACUGCAUCAAAAGAUUCUCCACCAUCCGGCGAGAAAUCUUUAUUGCAAACGCCAAACCAAACAUCGGGUGUCUAUUCCAGGAAAGAGGCUGGUGGUAGUUUCAACUUUCCUCAAGGUGCAAACACUCAUCCUACGCGGUCUAGCUCUUUGCAACGCACUGUGUCGUCCUCAUCACAAUUGACACCACAAACGAUAUACGAAAAUGAACGAUAUUCCAGAUCUAGCCCCAAUACUCAACCAGAUACUGCAACCACAAAUGGAGCUGGCAUUGCUGUCCUUGCAUCUGGUCGGGCCCAGCUUCUCAUAAUGCAGCGGAGGAUCAUUGAAGCUCUCGCAAAACAGAGGGGUUGGCUUUCGGGCUGGGCGGCGAUCCAAUCGACACAAACCCUUACUGACAUUGAUCUUGACGGUGAAAAGGUCCAACGAGAGGAAGCAGAGUCACAGACAUCGACAUCGCCUGCAGUAAUCGAGAAGAUAGCAAACAUGCUCCUUAGUGCUCCGCUGUCGACUGCGCUCGCAUCUUUGGAAGAGUUCAGAGCUGUCUACGAGCAAUUGAGCGAGCUAGCAGUGUCACAAUUCACUAGAGCGAAUCACACCAAGUCUGCUGACUCUGUCCUAAGCGACCUUGCUAUACUCAAGUACCAACUUGGUGAUGUGGCUCAAGCAGCUACUUACUUCCAGCGCUCAUCUACAACUUUCUCAAAAACAAGUUGGUCCUACGUCCAUGGUGAGAUGUUGAGGAUAUACGCCAAAUGUCUGAAAGAACUGCACCGACGGGACGAAUACAUGAGAGUCAUGCUAAGUCUGCUGGGCAAGGUUGUUGCACGUCGUACAGCAAGAGCAUUGCCUCGAGUACGCAGCAUCUCCGCAUGGCUAGAUGAAGAGACUGUUGAUGUCAGUGGUGUCCUCGGAGAGCUCGUGAGUUUCUCAGAUGAGUUGCCCUACAAUUUCACAGCUUCGAUGUCCGAUUUCUUUGCUGGGAUCGACGUCAGUCCGGAGAUCGCACUGCAUCCAGAUCAGGAUGGAUUCGGCUUGCAUGUCCGCUUCAAGCAUCUUCUGGAUGAUGACCUUCAGGUUGAUCGUGUUAAACUACGACUGGUGUUAGCAACCGACACUAGCCAGGAGAUACUUCUGCAGAGUGAUGGUCUUCUAGAGUUGAAACGAGGCCCUACAACCCUUCAAGUUCACUCGAACGUCACAACCUAUGGGCAUUAUCUGAUCGACAAGCUGGUAUUAGAGUCUAGGAAGCUACACUUUACGCACGAAUUCCAACCAAAACCACAGACAACACCACUGGGCAUAACUAAUGCCAACGCAUCCGAGAGAAGAUCCAGCAUGAGUGGACCUUCAUUGCUAAUCUAUCCUCAUGGUAAUUCUCUGGAAGUCCAAGCAACGUUGGCCAACGAAAUACACAUCGACAAAAUACGAUCGGUCGUGUUUACAAUCUUGACAGGGCGCAACAAGACUGAAAGCCUCGAUCUCCGAUUGAAGUCUGCCUCUGCUGGACUGAGAUUACACACUGCGGAUGCUGCAAUCAUUGAGAGUGAUCAUAGUCAGCUAGACACAUCGCAGGCUGGCAUGCUCAAGCUUGGUGCUGUGGAGGCAGGAGUUGUUCUCAAAGUCCGAGUGCCAUAUAGCACAGAACGCAGCCUUGAAGAGCUUACCAUGAAACUAGAGGCGAAGUAUCAGACCAGUCAGGGGAUGUUCUCGUAUCUCCGUACUUCAACAAUCCCGGCUGCGCUCCCUCUGGAUGUGGAUGUUAAUGACAUCUUCAAAUCCCAGGCUCUUUUCUCGCGCUUCAGCAUUCGGACAACAAACGCAAUACCGUUGAAUAUCACAAAUGUACAGGUUGAAGAGUCGCAUGCAUACGGAGUGCGAGCUCUGCCUUGCCCCUUGCCGAUGACUGUGUUUGAGAAACAGCCUGCCAGCCUUACUUACAAAGUUACGAGAAAGGACAGCGAAGGAAGCGAACUAAACAAGAAGGAAGCAGCAUUGGCACUAACGGUCGAGUACACGCGUUCAGACGAGGCCAUCUUCGAGAAGCUUGGCAAUGUGUUCGAGAAGGCAGUUGCAAACAGUCCUUAUGCGACUCUGCGACGCUUGCUCGUGCCUACCUUAUCGAACAGAGUCAAAUAUUACGCACCUGCUCAGCAGCUUGAACAGGCUGUGCUACUCAAUGAGUUCCAAAUACCUUCGUACGAGGCAACGGGCUGGGGAAAAAUUGUCGGCAGUCUCACGUCUGACAUGCGACAAGGUCUAGACGAGUGGUUGCAAGAGUGGCACUCAAACAACCAGAGACUAGUUCUUGACGAGUCCACGGUUGCUAGCCUGUCAAGAAAGAUCACGCUCUCAGUUGAAGUCCCAACAGUAGACGUCUUGCACACUGUCACCCUUCACCUUGAUAAAGACGACUCUACUAGAGCAGUCACCAUUGGCCGUCCAAUAUCCGCCAUACUUGCCAUCAAACACACAACACGCUGGGCCAGUGCGGACCUAACGACAGACACACCUCUAGCCUUUUCAUACACCAUCGAUGCUCCUACAGACGGCCCAUGGCUCGUGGCUGGACCAAAACGCUCACGAUUCAACUACAAGCCGGAUGAAGAAGAGACCAAGAUCCCUCUCGUUCUGGUGCCCCUGAGACCUGGCAUGCACCUUCUACCUUCUGUGGACAUUCAACCAGUCACUACUUCUACUAGCAGCUCUGAUUCGAGCGGACCAUCAAGAUUACUGAGUCCUGGACAAAGUGGUGGACCUCUCGAGGAAGACACAAUGCAGCCCCUAUUCAGCUGUGAGACUGAUUAUCGCAAUUCUGGCGAGACUGUCCUGGUAGUGCGAGAAGCAAGAACGACUACAGUGACGGUGAGAGAACGGGAUCUUAUGCCUCCACUGCAGAGGAUACCCACUGCUACAGAGUCGGGAGGCAAACGCACCUUCAUCGUCCUCAUCAUCGCCACAGUCACCUCCUUUGUGGGCAAGCUGUUCUGGGACGGCAAGUACAAGAACCCUCCCAAGGAGGCAAAGAAGAAGUCCAAGAAGAGCAGCAGAGGAGGCUCUGGUUACAAGCCUGCCAGACAUGAAAACUAUGAUUCUGAGGCUUGCAGAGGUUCUUACUUUGAUGAUUGA